CCACCUAAAUCGAAUCGAAAAAGGAGCAAGUUACCAUGGCAAUCUUUCAAAAACGAUCCCUAACCUCAAUUGACGUCUCUCUCCAUCUCUUUGGCACCCGCCGUCGUCAACGGACUGCCGCAUUCCGUUCGCCGGAAAACCACAAGCAUCACCAUUUCAGUGUACGUGGAAAUCCUGAAGAUGACCAGCCUAUUGAUUGCCACUGAAGAUCCGCAUCUUCUAUUUCAUCGGCUGUUCAACAACAGUUUCCAAACCCUAGGCUUUAUCAAGGAUCGCAUUUCUCAGAUCUUUAUAGACGUUUUAUGCUACACACGCUCUAGCGCAUAUCUGACUGAUACGAGGACUUCCAGGAGCAAUGAUCUAUUCCCAUUUGCUUUUCAAGAUCUUCUUGAAGCAAUUGGAAGUAAACAUCAACAGAAAACACAAGAUUUUUCAGCACCUGAUAAAGAUUCCGGGGGUGGUGGUGGUGAUCCCGAAGUGGUCUUCAAUGUGUUGGAUGCCAUUCUUAAGUGUAGUUUGGAGAGGUUGAAACAUAUGAGGGAAAGCAUGUCAUGGGCACAUAUAGGCCAUUACAACUACAAAUUAAAAGCAGGAUACAGUCAACAUAUAGACACAAUUAGGAAUUUAAGUUUAGAGGGUAGAUUAGGAGUAGCAUUGAGGCUAAGAAGCAAAAUGAUACAUCAAGGUAUUUUUCCCGAUGUAGUUACACAUAACUACCUCAUUAAUGGAUUCUGUAAAGUCAAUGCAUUUGAGAAAGCAGAAUGGCUUGUAACUCAGAUGAGUUUGUGGGGCCCAUCUCCUAAUGUUGCUACCUACAACACUUUAAUGAAGGGUUAUUGUGCUUUUGGUGAUACAGAUAAAGCUCUAGAUCUUAUUUCAGCUAUGAACUAUGGGAAAGUAAAACCAAAUGUAAUCACUUACACUAUUCUAGUACAUGCACAUUGCAAGAAAGAGAAGUUAGAAGAAGCUAGGGCACUUCUAUUGGAAUUAACAGAUGAAUAUAGUGAAAAGACUGUUAUAGCCUCAACAAUUCUCAUGGAUAGUUCUUUCAAGAAAGGAGAUACAUCUCUUGCUUUUACACUUUGGAAAGAGAUUUUGAGUAAAGAAGUGGAUGUUGUUGCAUAUAAUGUUGUCAUCCAUGGAUCUUCUUUGAGAUAUGAUUUGAUUCUUGCAUAUAAAUACAUAAACCAAAUGCUAAAAAUCGGUUUUCUUCCAGAUAAUUUCACCUACAACACUCUUAUAAACACACUUUGUAAGAUGAAAAGAAUUGAUGAAGCUGUUUAUCUCUACAAAGUCAUGUCAAAAAUGGGUGUUACUCCAGAUAAAAUCACAUACAAUAUACUAAUCCAAGGGUUAUGUAGACUUGAAAACGUGGUAACAGCUCACGAGUUACUUAAUUCCAUGUUGGAAAAAUCAAUGAUUCCUCCACUGCUGACGUGGAACCUUGUGAUUGGUGGAUAUGGUAGACAUGGAGAUAAGCAAAACACAUUACAUAUAAUGAAUCAGAUGAUGGAAUAUGGUGUUUUGCCUAAUGUGUUUACUUAUAAUGCUUUGAUUCACAUGUUUAUAAAACGUAGAGAAAUAUCCAAGGCUCAUUUGGUGAUGAAGGAGAUGAUUUCAUCUGGUCCUUUGCCUGAUACAGUGACUUAUAAUUUGUUGGUAGGGGCAGAAUCGGAAUUUGGACAUCUUUAUUCGGCUGAGCAAAUUCAUGAUGAUAUGUUGGAAAGAGGGUAUGAACCGGAUGUUAUUACAUAUACAAAAUUGAUAAAAGGGUUUUGUAUGAGAGGUAAAAUCGAAGAUGCAGAGAGAAUUUUUAGUUUUCAUAUGCUAAAAAAGUGUAAUAAUUUAGUGAUUGAUCAUUUCCCUUUUCAAAUACUUAUUAAAAAGUAUUUCAAGAUUGGGAAUCUUGAUGGGGCUUAUGGUGUUUAUCAAAAGUGGUUGAGAAUUGAUCAAGGCCAAUGAUUUUAUAAUGAAGUACCCUAAACCCUAAACCCUAAACCCUAAACCUUGAACACAUGGAGGUGCGGCUUAUUGAAAUUGCAAUGUGUGUUAUUCUUGAGGCUGCAAGUCUUUCUUCUGUUGUAUUAUUGAUGAAAAUUUUCAAGAAUUACAAUUUCCAACAUGUAAUGUAAUGCUUGAGAAAAUGUUGAAGAAGGUGAUUUGCCAACUGAUUAUUGCUCACACCUUGCAUCCAAGGCUUCUUCUGCAUCAUUAUGAGUGACAUGAGAAACUAUGUAGGGAAGGUGCUUAAGCAUUGAAGCUGGGGGAGAUGAGAUCUCUCUUGAAGGAAAAAAGAAAUUCUCAUAACUAAAGAUCAUCAACAAAGCUAUAUGAUGUACAUUUUAUGUAUGUUAAUAACACAAUUUUUUCAUUAUUGUUAUUUUUACUUUUUUCUAUCAUAUGUUUCCAGUUUUAUGUAGCCUUUAUAUUAGGUCCAAAUGUUAUGUUUGGUUAUGGUUAUGGUUAUGGUUAUUCUAUACAUAAAUUUGAUUCUACAAAAA